AGAUACGUAAGAAAGGCGAAAGAGGAAGCAAAGAAUGGUAACUUAUUGAAGUCAAUAGAAUAUUUCCGAAAGGCAGACAACUUACAUCCCAGUGAAAAAUUGAAAGGUCGAAUAGCAAAGCUUGAAGAGGCUCAACAGCUGCAACUCCAAAGUGAGAAAGAUGAUGUGUUUGUAGAUGUGCUGGGCAGUGGUUUUAUGCUGUUUAAAGAACUAUACAAUAAACUCUUUGAACACCAGAAAGAAGGGGUAGCAUUUUUAUACGGUCUGUACAAAGAUAAAAGAAAAGGAGGCAUUUUGGCAGACGACAUGGGCCUUGGAAAGACCAUCCAGGUUAUUGCUUUCCUCUCCGGGAUGUUUGAUGCCAGAUUGGCCAGUUCCAUACUUUUGAUAAUGCCAACAACCUUAAUAAGCAACUGGGUAAAAGAGUUUGAAAAGUGGACCCCAGGCAUGAGGGUAAAUGAAUUUCAUGGUGUGAGUAAAAAGGAACGGAGCAGAAACCUUGAAAAGAUUCAGAAAAAGGGUGGUGUUCUGAUUACCACGUACCAAAUGCUAAUAAAUAACUGGCAACAACUGUCUACCUACAAUGAAAAAGAGUUUGUCUGGGAUUACAUUAUUUUAGACGAGGCUCACAAAAUUAAGACCUCUUCAACAAAGACUGCAAAGUCUUGUGCUGCAUUGCCUGCCAAAAAUCGUGUUCUCCUGACUGGUACACCAAUCCAAAACCAUUUGAGAGAAAUGUGGGCUUUGUACGACUUUGCUUGUCAAGGGACAUUGCUUGGAACGGCAAAGACUUUCAAAAUGGAGUAUGAAAAUCCAAUAACUAGGGCUAGGGAGAGAGAUGCUACUGCAGGUGAAAAAGCGCUUGGACUAAAAAUUUCUGAAAACCUCAUGAACAUUAUCCAGCCGUACUUCCUGAGAAGAACAAAAAGUGAUGUCCAGAACAAAAAAGCUUCAAACCAGCACUCAGUCUCUCAGUCAGAUAUUAAAGCUCCUGAGAUGCCUUCUCUCACCCGAAAGAAUGACUUCAUCAUAUGGGUGUAUCUAUCGCCAAUUCAGGAAGACGUGUAUAGAAAGUUUAUAUCUUUGGACCAAAUUAAGGAGUUGCUGAUGACUACGAGAUCACCUCUGGCGGAGCUGAAUAUUCUAAAAAAAUUGUGUGACCACCCCAGACUUUUGUCGGCAAGAGCGUGUAUUCAGCUUGGACUGGAAGGAGAUAUGUCAGAAGACGAGCCUGAGGCAGUUACUAAGUUUGAUCAUCUUUCUGAUGAGGCUUUAAUUGAAGAGUCUGGAAAACUUCUUCUUCUAAUUGCGCUCCUUCAUAAACUCCGAGAGGAAGGCCACAGGACGCUUGUUUUUUCCCAGUCAAGAAAAAUGCUUGACAUGGUCGAUCGUAUUUUGACAAACAAAGGAUUUAAGAUUAUGCGCAUUGAUGGUACGGUUUCCCUUUUAGACCGGGAGAAGAGAAUAAGUUUGUUUCAAAGCAACAGAAACUACUCUGUACUAUUGUUGACCACCCAGGUUGGCGGUGUUGGAUUAACUUUGACCGCAGCAGACCGUGUUGUGAUUUUUGACCCAAGCUGGAAUCCAGCUACUGACGCUCAAGCUGUCGAUCGAGCGUAUCGAAUAGGACAGCAAGCCAACGUGGUCAUUUACAGGCUCAUAACAUGUGGGACGGUGGAAGAGAAAAUAUACCGACGGCAAAUCUUUAAAGAUUCUUUAAUCAGGCAAACGACCGGUGACAAAAAGAAUCCUUUCCGCUAUUUUUCAAAGCAAGAUUUAAAGGAGCUGUUUACUUUAGAAGAUACUCGUACGUCUACAACGCAGAUCCAGCUGCAGAAUAUGCACUCCUCUCAAAGGAAAACGGACACCAAUCUGGAUGAACACAUUGCUUACUUGCAUACGUUGGCCAUUUUCGGCAUUUCUGACCAUGACCUCAUCUACGCACAUGAGACGUCCGGCCAAGACGAUGAAUGUGAAAAUGAGCGCGAAGCACAUUACAUUAAUGAGCGGGUGCAGAAAGCUCGGGAACUUGUACUAAUGGAAUCUCAGAUGAAUGAGCAACUAAUGGAGCAGAUAAGAAAGGGAACCGAAGGAGCUUGGCUGCGGCAGAUGGCUCCCCCAGAAAAACCCAAACCAAGGAGUCUACCCAGUUCAAAACCGGUCAUUUCUCCUCCUGUCAUUGUGGAUCUAGAAGAACAAGAAAUUGCUGAUAUCAGCUGUCACAUGGACAGUAUGGUAAUUGAAGAUUCUAGUGGAGAUGCAGAAAUCGUCCCCCUGCUCCAUUUACAAGGGAAUUGCCAGGUCAAGUAA